AUGAAUUCGGCAGUGAAGUUUGCAUUCUUAUGUGUUUCGGUCGCUUUACUUUGCAACAGUGUUCAAUCGCGUUCACUUCGUCAGUUUGCAUCGAAACGUGAAGAAGAAAAAAAUCCUCUAUGUGAGCUUGUCAUUGCAAUUAUGGAUGGAGUCAUCAGUGGCGCAAAUCUUGACUUAACGCCUGAACAAGAAGCUUUAUUACCAAACCACGGCAGUAAACGUGAAGAGGCUGCUGAGGAAUGCAAAAGCGAACAAGAAGAGUGGUUAAAUUCAAUGAAACCUUUUCUAAGUUCAUUAUCUGAAGAACAACAACAAAAACUGGAAGAUGCAUUUAAAAUAUUUGCAGAAGAUGCCAGCAAAACAGAACGUGGACUUUCAUUCGCUAAAGGACUAUUCAAACGAACAAUGAACAAUCAACGAAGAUUUUUUAAGCAGUAUAGAUAUUAA